AUAACUUCAGACUCAAUCUACUUCUCUCAUCCCGACAUGGUGCCAUACUGGAGGGAUGCUGACCAUUCGAUGCUCCAUGUAGAAAAACACCCAAAGGAACGGAAGUUUCAAUUGGGCGGACGUGACCUCACUAUCGAGAGUUAUCAGAAAGUCAAGGCCGAGCAUGGCUACAUGGAGAACAACUUCGUCCAUAGAUGGGCUCUUCCUGAGGACUGUGAUUUGGAUGCUGUACACACCCAACUUGACAACAAUGGUCAUCUCUCUGUAGAGGCUCCGAAGACCGGCCAGCACACAAAAGCAAGAAACAUUCCAAUCAUGGCUGCUCCCGAGACGAAGUAA